AUGGACGACGAAGCAGCAGCAGGGCCUUCUAGCGAGAUGUCGCGAGGAAGCUCUGCCGCGGCCGAGUUGAGAAGGGACCGAAACUCCGUCAUGAAGGUGGCAUGCGGUGUCUGCCGUAGAAGAAAGCAGGCAUGCGACGCGGAGAAACCCAAGUGCAGCUUCUGCAAACAGCGAGGGUUCCAGUGUGACUAUGCGGCGCCGCCCGUGACGAACAUGAACGACUGCAUAUCUGUUCCCAGCAUCUCUCUCUCGAUCCCUGCGAACUGCCUCGCCGGGGGUUGUCUGGAGGGAUCCUUGUCAGCCUUUGUUAACAAGAUGAUGUGCGACAGGAAAGACAGAACUAUGGAAGAAAUUCGAGAUUAUUUAGCUCGUAUCGAACCCAAAAUCCACCACAUUUAUGAGAACAGCGGAGACAUUUCUAGACUUUACCAGAUUUUCGACCCUUUCGGCUACCAGUCACAAACCGCGACGGCGAGUUUGCAGAUGCCCAUGCCCCUACAGACGCAGCUGCAGUACGUGUCUGCCGUUCAUCAAAUGAUGCGGUGGGGUGCAGUGUGGGAGAUGCUUCGAGCUGCUGAGCCCAAGAUAGAGGGACUUGAGACCCUCCUGGAGCCAAACUUUACGUCGAUCCUAAUGGAAAGCCAAGGACGCGAUGGGAAACUUUCGCAUGAUGUUCUCAGACCGAAUAAUGCGGGCGGCGCGACCCUAAGUUAUGCCGACAAAGAAUGGCUGGAGCAAGGAUCGACGAUAUACUUCAGUACUUUCCACCUGAUGCACCCUGUUUUAGACCAGGAGUACUUCAUGAAGAGAACACUGUCAUCUGCAGUCAGCGGUAAAGUUCCGCAAGAAAGCGCAGAAUGCGCUCUGGUGUUUCUGACGAUUGCCUUGGCUCACAUGGCUUCAACUGGGGGUGCCAGUUUGGAAAUGGACAACCAACCGCCGGGCCUGCACUAUUUCAACGAGGCGAGACGCCGCAUGGGAUUCUUCAUGGAAGAAUCCACCAUCGAAGCCGUACAGGUCUUCGUUCUAGCAGGGGGACUCAACCUGGAGCUCGAGCUGCCAGUGACAUCGCUCAGUACGACAGAAUGCGAAAUGUGGCCAGACAUGUUCUCAGAUAGUCUGGUCCCCGAUGCAGGUUACGGCGUUUACGAGGAGCACUUUUACUCGCAAAUCAGCAUGCGGAGGCUUGCGCUCGACAUACAUCGCACAUUGUCAACGGCUUCGACGCGGCCGGCCUCCACUCCGGGGCUGUUCACGCAGACGGCCAAGGAGAAGGCUUCUCAUGAGCUACACGUUGCAGUUGACCAGAUGCAAAGUAGUCUCAACGAAUGGCAAUCGCAGUUGAUGGAAGGACUGCAGUGGAAUACUAACCAAACCAUGACACCUACACCGUUCCCAGGGCAGUAUCCCACGCCGUACCCAGCGCCGUACCCUACCCCUGGGGAGGAACGCAUAGAGGGGGUCAUGUCUUCAAUCGGUUCCGUGUAUUUUCCCAGCAACCAGUUCAUGGCACAGCAGCAGAUCGCAACGGGAGUUCUUCCGACACAGCCAGCGUCGCCCGAGACCAUACUCCAAGCUUUGCUGCGCACUCGUCUCAGUUACUUGCGGUGUCUGCUGUACCGCCCUUAUAUCUAUCGGGUCGUGCAUUCUGACAAGCUGUCUUCUCAAGACCUCGUCGGGGCCGAGGAAUACCUUCGGCAGUGUGUUUGUUGGCCCAUCAUCAUACCGCCGAUGAGCCACAGCAAGCGCCUGAUCCAUGGUCUUUACUUCUGGUCGCAUAACCUGAUGGGGAUUCUCAUCAUCUUACGCCUCGCCAUCACGCACCCGAGGCUGCAGGCGGUGUGUCUCAGUAUUGGUAAGAAGGACAAAGAGGAGUUCAAGAGACCCGGCGCGUGGAACGCGCAGGCGAGGCAGACCAUAUUUCUGUGUGUUGAAUGGUUCAAGAGUCUCGUGGAUAUCGAUGCCGAUGCUAGGUGGUGUUGGUCCAUCAUCCAGGGCCUAUACCCAGAGCUGGUCCUCAGCCCGACAAACACGCGGUUCCUCCCAGAGUUUUACCCGACGGCGAUGCCAUCUCAAGAGGGCUGA